GCCACUACCACGUCCCUCAGUGGGAAGGGUACUUUCGUAAAACCAAAAAAACCACUUUCCGGUUUCCGCAAAAACCCGUCACCGCCGCUGCAUCCUCCCUUCAUUCUUUUCUCUCUUUCAACGCAUAUACAUACACUUAUAUACGUUAUCAAUAUAUUUUAUUUUUAAUAAGUCCAGUUUUUGUCUGUGCAUCGAGUUUAACAGGCAAUGCUCGUGUCUCUCUCUCUUUAUAUGUUUAGAUUCUUUAUCUGGAACUUGGAAGCUCUUUUGUUAGCUAUAUCUAAUCGGUGAUCUCGAAGCUUAUUCAAUCCCUCUUUCUUUUUUCGUGAGUUUUUAUCUUCAUGUUGAUUCGGUUUAUAUUGGUUUAUAUGAUGAUGAAACGUUUCUUAUAAUUCUUUUGCAUGUAUUGAUCUAAAAAAAUCUAGCUUUCUUCUCUUCUGAUCUCUGUUUUCUUUUUGUUCUUUCCCUUUUUUACCCGGGAAAAAGUUACGGUUUCAUGUUUAGGAUUGGCGUUACUAUUAUCUGGUGGCCUAUCAUGAUUGGUUGAUUGUUUUGUGUGUUAUACUGGAUUUGAGAAAAUGGGUAUCACGGCAUUGGCACUUGUGGCAUCUAACUAAUAUCACUAAAAAGUUUGAUUCUUUUGAGGAAUUGUUUUUUGACUGGAAAGUGUUCCUUUUUGUUCCUGGAUGGUGACAACAAAGGUAGCUUUGCUUUCCUUAUUGGCAUAUUUCAUGUGAAUUUAGAUUUGCAUAUUUGUGUUGUAGGAAUGGCUUCAAAGUCGGAUGUGAAUAUAAUAGAGACAUCCUCAAAGGUUCAUUUCUCAGGAUUUCAUCAAAUGGAUGGUUUAGCUUCAAAUAGACCAGAGCAAAUGGCUGAGGAAGAAGAACAUGGUCAACCUUUUGUGAUCGGAGUUGCUGGAGGUGCAGCAUCCGGGAAAACAACUGUCUGUGAUAUGAUUAUGCAGCAACUGCAUGAUCAGAGAGCUGUUGUUGUAAAUCAGGAUUCUUUCUACCAUAAUGUAAAUGAAGUGGAGCUUGUAAGAGUUCAUGAUUACAAUUUUGACCAUCCUGACGCUUUCGAUACUGAGCAAUUAUUGUCUUCCAUGGAGAAGUUAAGAAAAGGACAAGCAGUAGAUAUUCCUAAUUAUGACUUCAAAAGUUACAAGAACAAUGUUUUUCCACCUAGAAGGGUGAAUCCUUCUGACGUUAUAAUUCUGGAAGGUAUACUCAUUUUCCAUGACCCUCGGGUGCGAGAUUUGAUGAACAUGAAGAUAUUUGUAGACGCAGAUGCCGAUGUGCGUCUAGCGAGAAGGAUAAAACGCGAUACUGUUGAGAAGGGCAGAGAUAUUGCCACUGUUCUUGACCAGUACUCAAAGUUUGUGAAGCCAGCAUUUGAGGAUUUCAUACUCCCAACAAAGAAAUACGCAGAUAUAAUAAUUCCCCGAGGUGGUGAUAACCAUGUUGCUAUUGAUUUGAUUGUGCAACACAUCCAUACGAAGCUCGGUCAACAUGAUCUCUGUAAAAUUUAUCCAAAUCUUUAUGUUAUUCAAUCAACUUUUCAGAUACGUGGUAUGCACACUCUAAUCCGCGACUCUAAAACAACAAAGCAUGACUUUAUCUUCUACUCCGAUCGAUUGAUACGUUUGGUCGUUGAACAUGGCCUCGGACACCUUCCCUUUACAGAAAAGCAAGUGGUUACUCCAACAGGAUCUGUGUAUUCGGGUGUGGACUUCUGUAAGAAACUGUGUGGUGUCUCAGUUAUCAGAAGCGGUGAGAGUAUGGAGAACGCUCUUAGAGCAUGCUGCAAAGGCAUCAAAAUUGGGAAGAUUCUGAUUCAUAGAGAAGGCGACAAUGGUCAACAGCUACCCUCAGACAUUUCAGAAAGGCAUGUGCUUUUACUGGAUCCAAUCCUCGGGACAGGAAACUCGGCGGUGCAAGCGAUAAGACUGCUCAUAAGUAAAGGCGUGCCUGAAUCCAACAUCAUAUUUCUCAAUUUGAUAUCUGCACCUGAAGGAGUAAAUGUGGUGUGCAAAAAGUUCCCAAGGAUAAAGAUUGUGACUUCAGAGAUAGAACUCGGUUUAAACGACGAGUUCCGAGUUGUUCCUGGUAUGGGCGAGUUUGGAGACCGCUAUUUUGGAACCGAUGAUGAGUGAGAGAGUGCGAGCUUGCCUUGCCUCCCUCGAAAAUUUUGAUUUCUUUUGUUUCAACUGUUAUACGUAGUACUUUUAUGAUCGGAUUCACACAUAUGUAUACGGUAAUAUCAAAACAAACUGAGUGUGAACGUAUUCACAGUUUUUGGGUCAUCGUCCACGUGUCUCUCUAUAAUUGGGUGACUGUUGAAGUCAUACAAAAUGUAAAACUUUAAAGAGUCUUUUGGUGUGCAAUGAAGUGACGUGAGCGUAUAAAAGUUACCGAC